UAUAUUUUCAGAAAUAUAAUUUCCGUUACAUGAUUUUCUGACACAGGCGAGUGUCCUAGAUUCGGUUCCCUUCCCAGUUACAGGUGUUCUUGACUUUUGGGGUAUUGGAAUUUUGAGUGAGAUAGAUGUGAAUCGAAAAGUGAGUGUGCAAGAGCAUGAGUAGCUGGUGCGGUUUGAGGCCUGCUUCCUUCAAUAUGGAAACUGAGUUGACUAUUAGAGGAAGGGCUUUCGGUGGCAUUUUUGGUUCCUCGGUUAAGCCUAGAUCACUCAGGCUUCAACCUCCUGAUGAUGAUGUUGAGGAUCUUGUUCCCACAAAUAUUCCAGGCAAACCUUCUGGAACUGUUCUGCCCUAUGUUGGUGUUGCUUGCCUUGGAGCCAUGUUAUUUGGUUAUCAUCUUGGGGUGGUAAAUGGUGCUCUUGAGUACCUUGCGAAGGAUCUUGGAAUCACCCAUAAUACUGUUCUACAAGGUUGGAUUGUUAGUGCACUGCUUGCUGGUGCUACUGUUGGUUCAUUUACCGGUGGAGCAUUGGCUGACAAAUUUGGCAGAACUAGGACUUUUCAGUUGGAUUCAAUCCCUCUAACAAUUGGAGGAUUCCUCUGUGCUACUGCUCAGAGUGUUGAGACAAUGAUUGCUGGCCGCUUGUUGGCUGGUAUAGGAAUUGGUGUAGCAUCUGCAAUUGUACCACUUUACAUAUCUGAGAUUUCUCCAACUGAAAUUCGUGGUGCACUUGGAUCUGUUAAUCAACUUUUUAUAUGUAUCGGGAUUCUUGCAGCACUACUGGCUGGUUUGCCUUUGGUGGGAAAUCCCAUAUGGUGGCGGACAAUGUUUGGAAUUACAAUAGUCCCAUCUAUUCUGUUGGCGCUUGGAAUGACUAUCUCUCCAGAAAGUCCUAGGUGGCUUUUUCAGCAAGGAAAAACAUCUGAAGCUGAAAAGGCUGUUAAAACACUUUAUGGAAAAGAAAGAGUUGCUUUGGUUAUGCAUGACUUGGCAGCAGCAAGUCAAGGUUCUUCUGAACCUGAAGCAGGAUGGUUUGAUCUGUUUAGUAGUCGAUAUAGGAAAGUUGUUAGUGUAGGGGCAGCACUUUUUUUAUUGCAGCAGUUGGCUGGAAUAAAUGCUGUGGUCUAUUAUUCAACUUCUGUUUUCCGCAGUGCUGGAAUUGCUUCUGAUGUUGCAGCAAGUGCACUGGUUGGUGCAUCAAAUGUUUUUGGCACAAUUGUUGCUUCGUCCUUGAUGGACAAACAAGGGAGGAAAAGCCUCCUUAUCACAAGCUUUAGUGGGAUGGCUGCUUCAAUGUUGCUUCUUUCUGUGUCUUUUACUUGGAAGGCCCUUGCACCAUACUCUGGCACCCUUGCAGUCCUUGGGACUGUCCUCUAUGUCUUGUCCUUCUCUCUUGGUGCUGGUCCUGUCCCUGCUCUUCUUCUCCCAGAGAUAUUUGCAUCUAGAAUCAGAGCAAAAGCAAUUUCUUUGUCAUUAGGCACGCACUGGAUAUCCAACUUUGUCAUUGGACUCUAUUUCCUGAGUGUGGUAAACAUGUUUGGCAUCAGUACUGUGUACUUGGGUUUCUCAACUGUGUGUCUUCUUGCUGUCAUGUACAUAGCUGGUAAUGUUGUGGAAACAAAAGGUCGCUCACUGGAAGAAAUAGAAUGUGCACUUAGUCCUGCAACUUAAAACACUUCACAAUUGCAUGGCUUCUUAAUUCUAAUGUUGCUCUUAGAAUGAAUGUAAAUGAGAAAGGAUUUAUGUAUUUAUAUUUUUAGAAAAAAUUAAACUACAGUUUUAUUCAAAAUUUGGUGAAACUAUAGAGAAUUUAAUAAUUUAACAUAUAAGCGUAAUUCCUGCACUAUUUGUAUACUUGUUUAGUUGACUACACGGAAUAAAUAUAAGCUUGGAUGACAAUAUUCCUCACUUUUUAAAAAUGUUCUU